UUGGUAAACAGCAACACUCGGGAAUCCGGGAUCCCCGCCCGCGACAUUGUCGAUGUCGCAGCGCGGUGACGCGCUCCCGGGUCAACGCUCCAUUGGAACCCCAGCCCUGAUCCCCAGGUACAGAUGGAGGAGCAGAGGAAGAUGGAAGACCAGUUGCUUUAUCUGGCUCGAAAUGGUGACUUGCCUGGCAUGAGACAGCUGCUGGAAGCCCGGAAGGAUGGAAAGGCACCUCUCAACAUCAACUGUAAAGGUCAGACUAAGUCUAACUUAGGCUGGGCCCCUCUGCACUUGGCCUGUUACUUUGGACAUAAGGAUGUGGUGGAGGAAUUACUAAAGAUCGGAGCGGAUGUGAACGUGGUGAAUGAUGUUGGGGAUACUCCGCUACACAGAGCUGCCUACACUGGCAGGAAGGAGCUGGUUCUGCUAUUGUUGCAGUACAGUGCAGACGCUGAGGUCAUCAAUGGAGACGGGCAGAUGGCCAAAGGUGUGACCCAGGAUGAGGACAUCCGAUGUAUGCUGGAAGCCGCUGAAAUGACACAACAGAGGAAAAUGGAGGAGUUGCUGCUGAUGGCUGCACGGGAGGGGGACACCGCAGGAAUUACUGCAUUGCUGAACCGGUCGAGCCCUCCGGCCGUGAACUGUACGGACAAGCUGGGGAACACUCCGCUGCACUGUGCAGCCUAUCGGGGGCAGAGGCAGUGUGUCGUCAAACUGCUCAAGUACGAUGCAAAGUCCAGCAUCAAGAACAACAACAAUCAGUUGCCUUACGACCUGGCCUGUGGCGUUGAGAUCAGACAAAUACUCGGUGGCAAAUCGCUCAAGGGAAUGUGUAAAAUGGUGCAGCGAUUUGAAGGACCUCUGUUUAAGCGUUCCCGAUUCUUUGGAUGGAACCUGUUCUGGGUGGUUGUCGAGCAUGGAGUGCUGUCUUGGUUUCACAGCCAGUCUGAGGCGACGGCUGAGGCUCACCGACUGGGCUGCAAGAACCUGACGCAAGCUGCGUGCACGGUUAAGGGAAUGGACGACAGACACUUCUCAGUCAAGUACUUUGAUGACAGUAUCCACAUCUUCAAAGCCCAUCUCAAGCACUCACUGACUCGUACAAGCCAAAAGUGGCUUCAGGCAAUUGAGGAACAUUCUGCCUACAGCACUCACUACUGCUCCCAAGACCAGCUCAGUGACUACGAGGAAGAGGAGGAUUUGCCAUCCAACGAGUCCCUGCAGGAUUCACUGAAGACGGUGCAAAGCUGCCAACAGAAACUCGACAAGGAAGUUUCCAAUUUGCUGAGUUUGGUCGGAGGUCCGGAGGCUACGAAAGGACCGUACCCUCAAGUGUUGCAGAAGGUGAAGGACGUCACCGAGUGUUCGCGGGCCGUGGCUGGAGCCCUGAACGACUGCAUCUCUCUACUGGGGAAACAAGAAGUGGUGCGGAAUCAGCGAUUGGAGCAGGAGCAGGAGAAGAACAGGAUCCUGUCGGAGGCACUGCAGACUCUGGCCUGCGAGCACCAUGAACUGGAGCAGUCUGUCGUCAAGGGUUCACCGCCGCACAGCGUGCUGAGCGAUGAUGAGUUCUACGAUGCCGUCUCGGAUUCUGACUCGGUGGACUCGUUGAGUGGAUUUGAAACGGUAGCGAGCUACUCCGCUGACGAAGAGCCUUUGAAUUGUAGCAACACGGAGCAGUCAAACAUGUCGGAGAAGGAAAAUCCAGCCCAGACCAAUGGCAUCACCAAAUACAGAACAAGCUUGCCAGCACCGAUGUUUUCCAGAGAUGACUUCAGUAUUUGGAGUAUUCUGCGCAAGUGCAUCGGAAUGGAGCUGUCAAAGAUUGCGAUGCCGGUGAUAUUUAACGAGCCACUGAGCUUUCUACAGCGACUCACAGAAUACAUGGAGCAUACGUACCUCAUCCAUGAAGCAAUCAGCUCCCGGACUUCACUGGACAGGAUGCAGUGUGUGGCAGCCUUUGCCGUUUCAGCCGUGGCGUCUCAGUGGGAGAGAACGGGGAAGCCAUUUAACCCUCUCCUCGGUGAGACCUAUGAACUUAUCAGACAGGAUCUGGGAUUCAAGCUGAUAUCAGAACAAGUUAGCCACCAUCCUCCAGUCAGUGCAUUCCAUGCUGAGGGACUCCAUCAGAAGUUUGUUUUCCAUGGAUCCAUAUAUCCCAAACUGAAAUUUUGGGGGAAGAGCGUGGAAGCCGAACCAAAAGGAAUUAUAACGUUAGAACUUAACAAACACAACGAAUCUUACACGUGGUCAAACCCGACCUGCUGUGUGCACAACAUCAUCGUUGGCCGUUUGUGGAUUGAACAGUACGGAAACGUGGAGAUAAUCAAUCACAAGUCAGGAGAGAAAUGUAUUCUGAACUUUAAACCAUGUGGUCUCUUUGGCAAAGAAUUGCAUAAAGUUGAAGGCUAUAUUCAGGACAAAAGUAAGAGGAAGCUCUGUGCCAUCUAUGGCAAGUGGACAGAGUGUCUGUGGUCCGUCGACCCUAGUACCUUCGACAGCUACAAGAAGAAUGACAAGAGAAACGCAGAGGAGAAGAAAUUGACUAAAUCGUCGGAGAAACCGGAUCUGGACGACAUGCCGCUGCCAGAUACCUCGGAGAGUGUACAAGUUAUACCCGGAAGUCGGUUGCUGUGGAGAAUAGCACCAAGGCCACCAAACUCUGAACAGAUGUACAAUUUCACCAACUUUGCAAUGUCAAUGAACGAACUGGAUAAGGAAAUGGAAAACGUCAUUGCCCCCACGGACUGUCGAUUGCGGCCCGACAUUAAAGCAAUGGAAAAUGGAGACAUAGAUUUAGCCAGCGAAGAGAAGAAGAGAUUGGAAGAGAAGCAAAGAACUGCACGCAAACAGCGCGCCAAGUCUAACACUGAAUGGAAAAACAAGAACCAGUUGGCAGAGGGACCCAGGUGGUUCCAUCAAGGACCCAAUCCAUACAUAGGUGCGUCAGACUGGCUGUACACUGGAGGGUAUUGGGACAGGAAUUAUUCGCGUUGCUGUGACAUUUAUUAACACUGAAGAUUGAUUCUGUCAGCGUCUCUCUACUUACUACCGUGGGCAAGUUUCAGGACAGAUAUUUUUAAAACAGUACAACCUCAACCAAAUGCAAAUCUACUUUCGUUUCAUUUCUUCCAGUACCUAAUGUCCGUUGAGAGUUAUUAAGUACUGCCAAGUAUUUACUCUAAAACUCUCUCACUGAGAACCUGUUGCUGUUUCUCCAGCUUUUGCACAAUUAUUGAAACCCAGGCAUAAAAGUGUCAACCUACCUCUGGCAGGUUUCGUGGAAGGUGAUCUUGGAGCAUAACUGGUCUCUGGACUUUAAGACAGAUUAUUGUUUGAUAACUUUACUGUUUUUACCCAGUCGUUCGCAUUUGACUUAAUCAUUCUAAAAUCACGUUAAUAAUGUUACAGUAUUUCAACAACAUGCAAGGUGGAGUGAAUAUUGCUUUUGUUGUAAUGAUAAAUGAUAAAGCAGCCCUCUCUCUUCAAACUGUUUUGUACACAGUACAUUUUCCAUUAGUAACUGCAACAGUCUCCCAUUAAUUGAUCUACUUCGGCAGACAUAGAAUGAAUAAGUGUUCAGAUUGCUAUCUCUGUAAAGGACCUCUCACUGCAGAACUGUGUGUGGAAGUUUAAGAGUUACCUUAGUGCAAAGUGCUCUCCGCCUGUUAGUGAAUCAUAACAUUUAUUUUCCAAAUUUUUUUUUUUCUUUUCUGUUUAUUUAAUGUGUGUUUGUUUUUGAAUUUGACUUGUCAUGUAGUGUUUUACUCAGGAGUUCUAAAGCCGUGAGAAGCUUUGCGGCCCCAGUUUGAUAAGCUGUAUCGCUAAAAAGUGUAAAGAGAAUUGUGUAAUUAUUUGUACAGUACAUCAGAGCUUGAGUUCCGAAAAUCUUAAAUUAAAAAAAAGACAACUGAGGUUGCGUAUAUUAAAGCUGCAAUGUCUGAGAUAAUUACCGGUUUAUACACAUAAACAAUUUGGACAAGACACUCCCAUUCUACAAUGGUGAAUUCUAUUCUCUGCAGGUUUACAAUUCAGCUUCCCUGUAAAUCGAUCAUCAAUAUUUAAUUAAAUCAAUCCAUUCAAUUAAUUGUGAGAUACUAACAAUUAUUGGCCCCAACAACUUGUGUGCACAUCAUCCAAUUUGUACAAAAAUAUGAAAUAACUGGAAUUUAAAAAAAACAAAAUCCCAUCAACUUUUACGUUUUACGUAGGUGAUGCAUUGUCACUGAAUUCAAUUAAACUUCUGAUUGGAUUGUUAGGUCACUUGAUAUUUUUUCUAUUUUCAUUUCUCAACAUUGGAGAAUGUGAAGCUGGCUUGAGAUCAAUCUCUGUACCUCCUGGGUCUGUUCUUACCAUUCCCACUGGCGGAGUAUUGGAUUAAAUUAAAGUAAUGUAUUUCUAGGUUAAGAGUUUACAUUUCAGAAGUAACGUAAGGGCAACACUGUUGGAUUUUUAACAACUGUUUUGUCAUUUAAUGCAAGUAUCUAAAAUGUUAUUGCUGCUAAAUAAAGGCUUUACAAAAAAACU